UGUGAAAAUGGCGUCCACUGAUGUGGAUCUUUGCACAAAUUAUCCUGAUUUUGCUGUAAUAUGUUCGUUUAUAGAUAAAUUUGGUGAUAAGUUAUCAGCUGAUUUGCCUAAUAUUGGUGAAUUACAGAGUGCAUUAGAAAAUACAGAUGAAGUUAGUCCAGUGAUUGUGCAGCUGGUUCUGCUGCUGCUGCGGAAGCUCAACAGAGCCACCAAGAUAGACAGAUGGGAGAAAGCCUUACAGAGAUUUGCUCAUCUUCACUCCCUUAAAGAUGGGUGGGAGCUUGAGAGGUUUGGCUUCAAACAGGCUCAGCUUGAAGUCAAAAUCAGAGUUUUAAAGAAUCUAUUUGAAGCCCUGUUUGAUAGCUGCAAAAGCUUCAAAGACAAGAUCAAUGGGUUAGCUGCCCGUGAGCUGCGGCUGCUGCCGUGCGGCAGAGACAAGCGUGGCAUCAUGUACUGGUGGCAGAUGGAUGAGUGCGCCAACCUUAGGAUAUAUAAAGAUGACCAAGACGAAGAAACCUGGACGCUGGCUGCCAGUUCUCGUGAAGAGUUGGUAGCACUUCUCAAUGAACUGGAGAGUCUGAGCCCCGGUGGAGGAGUGAGUCGCGAGAUCUCAGUGGAGGGAAGCUCGAGUAAUAGUCCACUGGAAGGCCUCAGUGAAGCCCCCACGCCAGUAGCCAGCAGUCGCGCGUCUCCUGUAGCCAGUGGACGCGCCUCGCCGGUGUGUGACAGUGGGGUGCCUCAGAGCGUUGAUGUGGACACCGGACAACAUAGUAGAAAUAAUAGCACUGAAACAACUGCAAAUGUUACUGAAGUAAUUCCAAACGUUGCUGAUGCUGAUGCACUAACUUCAAAUGUUGCUGAUGCGGCUGAAGUAACACCAAAUGUUGCUGAUGCGGCUGAAGUAACUCCAAAUGUUGCUGAAGUUGAUGCACUAACUUCAAAUGUUGCUGAUGCUGCUGAAGUAACUCCAAAUGUUGCUGAUGCGGCCGAAGUAACUCCAAAUGUUGCUGAUGCGGCCGAAGUAACUCCAAAUGUUGCUGAUGCGGCCGAAGUAACUCCAAAUGUUGCUGCUGCGGCUGAAGUUACUCCAAAUGUUGCUGAUGCGGCAGAAGUAACUCCAAAUGUUGCUGAUGCGGCCGAAGUAACUCCAAAUGUUGCUGAUGCGGCCGAAGUAACUCCUAAUGUUGCUGAUGCGGCUGAAGUAACUCCAAAUGUUGCUGAUGCGGCUGAAGUAACUCCAAAUGUUGCUGAUGCGGCCGAAUUAAGUCCAAAUGUUGCUGAUGCUGCCGAAGUAAUUCCAAGUGUUGCUGAUUCUGCUGUAGUAACCACUUCUUUUGAUGUUGCUGAACGAACUCCAGCUAUAGCUGACAUAACAGAAGCACCUCCCACGAACGCUGACAUUGUCGCUGCAUCUCUUACUAAUUCCGACGUUACCGCAGCACCUCUCACGAACACCGACGUCUCUGAAGCACCUCCUACUAACGCAGACGUUGCUGCAGCACCUGCUACUAAUACCGACGUUGCCGCGGCACCUCCCACUGAUCCAGACGUUGCUGCAGCACUUUCUAACGAAAAAAUUGCUGCAGCACCUCCUAACGCAGACGUUGCUGCAGCACCUACUAACGAAAAAGUUGCUGCAGCACCUACUAACGAAAAAGUUGCUGCAGCACCUCCCACAGAUCCGGACGUUGCUGCAGCACCUCCUAACGCAGACGUUGCUGCAGCAGCACCCACUGAUCCAGACGUUGCUGCAGCACCUCCUACUAAUGCUGACAUUAAUACAGAACCUCUCACCAGCUCUGAAAUAACUGACACACCUCCCUCCAGAGUACCUCCUAGUUCAGAGACGAAAUCCUUGUCCACCAGAAAACUGACCUCAGAUUCCGAGAAAAGUGGUGAGAGAACUGAAGAGGCGGUGAACAUUCUAACAGUCCCUGAGGCAGAAAAAUCAUUGAUGGAUGUAACUACUUCGGAAAGUUCUUCAGCUCCGGACUGCAGCCUACCGAAGGACGAGAAGGAAGAUAAAGAAAAAGAUUCAUUUCUUGAUACCAAGAAGCUUCCAGCGGAAUCCAAAAUUGAUGAGAAAUGCUCGGAACCAGCGAUCAAACGCUCUGAUAAAAGUACGGCACCAAAAAACUUGGAAGAGAACAUAAUUGAAAGUGAAUUCAAGUCACAGAGAGUUGCUAAGGAAAAAACUGAUGUGAGCAAAGUGUCUAGCUUGCUACGUAAGGAGGAUGCAUCAUCUGAGAAUCCUCCUAUCAACAUGGAUUCUGAGAAUAAAAUCGUCGAGCGAAUUGAAUCUUCUAAAGUUCUACCUGAAACUAUUGGAACUUGUUUAAAAGUACCUGAAUCAAUGGAAACUUCGAUUCCAACUUCUCGUCAAACAUCCGAAAUUGGUGAAACCUCAGAGAAAAAUCUUGAGGAGGUUGGAGAUUUAAAAACAUCGAAGGUCAGCGAUGUAAAAAAUAUAAUUAGUAGUUCGAAAAAACCUCCUAUAAAGCAAAUAGAAGCAAGUAAACGACCUCCUGAGCCUGAUGGACGUUUAAAAAGUCCAACAGAAGGGAGAAAAUCUAUCGCAAUAUGUUCGGGUUUGAGCGAAGGUCCGCAAAAAGUUUCUCCAACAAUUAGCCUUCCCUCCGUUGAGCCUAGCGGUCAAAAUGAAUCGGAUAAGAAGCGACAAGAUGACGCUGACGGAGUUCUUAGGUCGGAUGAAGGAACUCUGAGACCCAAAGAAAGCACUGGCUCUGCAGCAACACAAUAUGAUGAAACAAAAUCAGAUUCAAGCACUGGGCACAAAACUGUAACAGCUGAAAAAAUUGAAUGCAGCAAUAUAAGUGAUGCAUCAGAGAAAUAUACCUCUCAAGGAAAUGAGACCACACUAUCUUCAUCUUCGUCAGAAAAACCAAGUGCUAAUACUGAAGGUUUUAAUUCUUCUACGGCUUCCAAGACAAGUAGUGAAACUUAUUCCUCUCUAGUAUCUAAAGAUGUUGCAAAAGUCCCAGAAAUUACACAUACUAAAGGUAGCAAGUUUUCAAAUGCUAUUUCAACAUCAUCUGACUGCAUUGAAGGUAGCAAAGAAUCGAGUCCAAUGUCUACCCCGAGCGGAACGUCUUUAACCAGCUCUGAAACUUUAAGUGAUGGUUUUGUUAAAAAACUUGUCAAGGAAAACGCCCCAGGAACCCUCAAUGAAAGUAAAUCUCUUAAUCCUGCCGACAAAGCUGGCUCCGGAGCUUUAGGAAAUAUGCCUGAAGAAAAAGACCAUUGUACAAAGCUAAAAUCUGAUCUUGAAACGUUAGAAGUUCAGCCAGAGAAAGCUUCCCAAGAGAUUGGAAAUCAAUUUAUGUUUGGGAAAGCUGAAAGUAAAAAUCAAGGCAAACUCUUACGAGUUUUUGGGAGCUCAAGCAGCACGGGCUCUGCGAAAGAGAAGGCAGCUGUCAGUGGUUCGUUUGGAGACGUCUCCAAUGUAGUCAAACCCGCUGAAAAACUGGAUCCUGCUGAGUCACACCUGGGAAUAUCUAAGCAAACUAUAACGCCGGUUGAUACGCCGCACCUCAGUUCAUAUGUACAUGAUUCUUCUGGUAAUGAUCCAAACAAAAGCUAUGAAAAUAAGAACGAACCCAAAACGACAAACGUCGAUCGGUCACGGGGCAGUGGUAUGUCUGAGAAAAAUUCUGUGCCAAGUUCGGUUAAACCUGCUGAGAAAGUGAGUGAUUCAUCCAGUUCUUCUAGUGUUCCAAUUUUGAAUGAUUCAGACCAAUGCGAUAAAGUAAGCACUUCUUCGAGUCAUGUUUCUGAUUCGUCAACUUCAAUAGACGUCACUCAAAAAACCAUAAGUCAAUCGCUUCAUACUACACCUAAAGAAGCUUCCUUAAUCGCUAGCAAUGUUUCUGUUAGUAUUAAGCAAACCGAGAUAGAGACACCUGCAAUAAGCUCUGUUGAAGCGAGCACGGCCAGCCAGACAUCAGCUCCGUGUGAUGAAGCAACAGUCGAAACUGAUUUUCCGAAAAUUUUAAACCCUGCUGUUCAACCUUCUAGCAGACCAUCUCUAUCUGAUGAUGUAGAUGGAUCAGUCACUCGCACACGCGAUGCACAGAAAGAUGGCGAGUGCGUGAAGGAAAAAUUAAUUUCGGAUUCUUCUGGGUCAAAUCCAUCAGCAAUGACCAAGGAACAGAAAAACAGCAAGGAAGAGAGUGUUGACAAGAGCAAAACUCCAAAUGUUGAAAAAUUGCAAGAAAACGAAGUUACUGUUGGGCGAAAACCUCCUAGUUGUGACUCCAAAUCUGAAGUGAAGUGUGACGAACGAUCUUCAUCUAAACUUCAAUUAGACGAUAGUAAUUCUAGUCUAAAAGACGAUUCCAGCAGCAAGAAAUCCGACCAAAAAUCGGAAGAUCUGAAAACGGAAAAAGUGAAUGAACCAGGAAAAAUGGGCAACGUUGUUCAGGGACCUGCUAAAGAAGAAGAUUCAAUUGUAGAAACGUCAUCUUUGAUACCCUCAACAGUGCCUUCAGUAACUGAGAAAAAUAGUGACGUAAUUCCCUCAAAGUCUGUCGAGUCUUCAUCUGUAACAUCUAUAGAGCCCUCUUUGAAACCUGCCGACGAGCUGGCUAGUUCUAAAAAAAUUACGCCUGGAGUUUCCGCGUCAUCUUCCACAGAACUUAAGAAAAAGCCGCGCGAAGAUGACGAAGAAGAGCCUACUGAUGAUAUCCCCAUCAAGAAAAAAAUCAAGCUAGAUCGCGGGGGAUCUAAACCGGUUGGUGUCUCGAAUCUUAGUUCUGAAGAAAAGUCCAAAUCCCAUGCUGCAGGAGAAAGUAUAGCUUCAGAUGACGUAAUUUCCGAGCCCGUUAUGAUUAUAAAAGGCGAUGGAGAGGGCGCUCAGAAUGAGGCCGGCAUCACAAAUCACUGUGAAAACGAAGAACCUUUUGACGAACACUCAGAUUCAGAGUUACGCCCUCCUUUUCGAGUCGUAAAAUUCAGUGAAACUCGUGAGCAAAGUACGAGAUGUAAAAUAGAAGUUAAUGACUUGGCACCUGAAAAUAACUUCAUUGGGAUGGACUGUGACGUUGCUUCUGAGAGUUUAAAUUUGAGUGCUGUACCUUCAGAAAUUACUGAGCACAGUUGCGAAUUAUCUAAAUGCCAGUCCAUACCUUGGUGGGAGCGAUUCGAUUGCCCUGCCUCGAGAAAUGGCAGCAUUGGUGCAUCUGUUACGGAAGAAGUUCUAUACACUUGGGGUGAGGGCGCUGGUGCGGAGUGUCUCACUGGCAACAGCAGUGACGAGUCGUCCGAGGCAGUUGCUGAAACCAGAAGGAGUGUGCGAAGCAUCGCAAUUUCAAAGAAAAACAAAGAAAUCUCGCGUAAAGAAGAUGAGACGAGUAAAAUUAAUGAAGUUGAUGUCAACGUCAAUAAUGACGAGGACUCGAAAGCUGAGAAUGGGAAAACAUCUGUUGGAGAUGAAGAUGACAGCUCAAAAACUUCUGGUGAAGGCUCAAAGGUUAAUGGCGUUGAUGAGUCAGAUAAAAAGGAAGAUGACGAGGUUACAAAAAAAGAUAUCACAUUAACUUCUUCUGAUACAAAUGCAGAAGUUGGUCCUAUCAAGAACAAUUCCACAGUCUCCGAGUUCAAGUUGGAUGGCGAACCAUUUCUAGCAGAAUAUUCUUCUGUGAAGAGCGAUGCCAUGAAAAAUGGAGAACUUCGCGAUGUAGACUCAAAAAAUGAGAAAAUUGGGACUCCAAAUGGGAAAAAUAAUAAAAAAGUCAAAGAUUUAGCUGCCGAUACAAAGGCAGAAGACGCCGAUAAUGGAACAGAGGCGCCAGAAGAAACGGCUCCAGUUUCAGCGAAGAAAAGAGGAAGACCCAAAAAGAGGGGAGGGAGUCGGGGUAGACCAUCAGGAAGUAUCUCCUCUCGAGGCGAGGCCGAGAAGAAUGGCAACUCGGAUGACGCCACGUCCCCACCGAGAAAGAAAUCUAAGAGUGAAAGUGUCCUCGUGGACGAUAUUAAUGAUGGAGGGGAUGGAGUUCGGCGCCAGCGAUCUGCGCGCAUUGCCAAGCUACGCGAGAAGGAGCUGCUGGAUCGCCAGAAGCUGGAAGAAAUGCGCCUCCAGGAACUGGCUGAAGAGUAUUGUUUACUAAUAGUUCACCGAGACAAGAAGAAAGAAAAGAAGGAGAAGAAAGAUCGCGAGAAAAAGGAGAAGAUCCACAAAAAAAGGAAGAAGAAAAAGCACAAGCGCAACCCCAAUGACCCGUGGGCAGCGUCAUCGUCGAGUUCUGAAGAAGAUGACGAGGAGGAAGAAGAGGAAUUCAUGGAAGAGGAAGUGGAGGAGAACCUCGUCUUCAAGAGCGACCACGAGUUCUCGCCCGAGUCUGACUUGGGAGAAGACGAGGCCGUGCCUGUCAAGAGGGCCCGAACUGCCAUCGAAGAGAAACAAAUGCUGAAGGAACAACUGCAGCAAAAGCAGCUGCAGCAGAAAGAGUUGAGCCAGGACGACAAAUCAACCAGCGAGGAAACCCAGGCUACCGAAGAUGAUGGCACCCCCAAAACUGAGGAGUCUCUUGACGACACCAAGUGCGAGAAAUGCGGCCACGAGGAUCAUCCCGAGACUAUCCUCUUAUGUGAUCUCUGCGACCAUGGCUGGCAUCUGUCGUGCCUUAGACCGCCUUUAUUGGCCGUGCCUGAGGGAGAGUGGGUCUGUCCAGACUGCCAACAUCUGGAGUUGAUUCUGAAGUUGAAGCAAUUACUGAAUAAGUACGACGCAACUCAGAAGCGCGCUGAGGCGCUUCAGCUCAAUCAACAGCGCCUUGACAUGGUCAACGCCUCGCUCCAGAACGUCAUCAAGAAGAAGAAACGUCGUGAUGGUUCUAGGGAUGGCCGGGAUUCUUUGAGUGACGACUCAUCAAGUGGCGACGAUAGUUCCUCGAGUGUUGGCUCUUCUACCUCGUCCGACGACGAUGAGGUGGGAGACAGCGACAGCUCUGGCCCCCUGUACACAUUACGCGCGCGCGUCUCGCAGCCGCUCAAGCAAAAAUUCGAGACAUUUGACGAGCUCAUCGAUGACGCUAUUAGAGACGAGAUGGAGGCCGCAGCAGGAGCAGGUAACGCAGGACGUGGCAAGGACAUCGGAAACAUCCUACACGCGGAACGCCAGGACGAAGAAGCUUUUCAGGAGCCAGCAGACGAUGACGCUGCAGACGAGGCAGACCGCAUGAGCGUUGAUGAAGAGGACGUGCAGCUAGCGGCCAAGAAGGAAACCAAGCAUGUUGAGUUUGCAGACGAGAAAGUAAAUAACGACGAGGAGGUGAAGACUGAAACUAAAAACGAUUUGCCGCACGAGACUGAACCGAAAGAAGACAAAGAAGAGGAGGUUGCUGAGAAGAAAGUGGACUGCAAUAAGGAUGGAACUGAAGACGAUGAGGAUGAAGUUGUUGCUCCUAAGCGCAAGAAGAAGGUUGUCCUCAAGGACAGUGAAGAUGAAGGCGAGGACGACGGCGGCAACAGAGACUCUGACAAGUCGGCGUCAGAGUCUGACCAGGACGAGGAAGCGCCG